AUGGGUCGCGUCAAGCUAGAGAUAAGGAGGAUAGAGAACAUCACGAACCGUCAAGUGACGUUCUCGAAGCGCAGGAAUGGGCUCAUCAAGAAGGCCUACGAGCUCUCCGUCCUCUGCGACAUCGACAUCGCCCUCAUCAUGUUCUCCCCCUCCGACCGCGUGAGCCACUUUUCGGGAAAAAGAAGGAUCGAGGAUGUCUUGACCCGUUUCAUUAACCUCACCGACCAAGAACGAGACACGUAUGCAAUUAAAACUCUAUAAAAAUGUCGACCACCUUUUUUUUAUCUCUGGCAGUACUUGCUCAGGACCCUCCAGCAACUCCGGAACGAGAACGACCUCGCUCUCCAACUUGCAAAUCCGGGGGCAGUCGACGCUGAUGCCGAGGAGCUCCAUCAGCAAAUUGGCAUGUUGAGGCAGCAACUUCUGGAGGCUGAGGAGCAGAUACGAAUGUAUGAGCCAACUCUGCUUCCCAAAAAUACAUCUUUGAAGGAUCUGGAAUCAAUUGAGAAUACUCUUGUUGACUCCCUUAAACGCGUGGUGCAGAGAAAGGAGCAAUUGAUGGUAAAUCAUCUAUCUCCUUACGAUCCAUCCAGUAUGCAGCCGGGGAUGUCGAGCUCCUUCGACAAUGAAGUCGGGUGGUUGCCAGAAAAUGACCCGAACAAUGCACAAUUCUUCGACUCGUCCGCUUCUCUCAUGCAAGUCAGGGAUCUAUCGUCUUCACUGUAUCAAACGUUAGUACAAGCGACGGGAUCAAGCUGCCUUGACCCAAGAAGCAUGGCAGAAUCACACGUAUCAAACCCUAGUGAAGGAAACAUCUCAGCUUGGCCUCAGGAAUACACUUCAACUGCCCACAAUCCAGCCAUGAUUUCUCAGUCCUUUUACGCUCAUUUUGUUGGAGCAGCAUGGCUUGGGGUCCCGGAAUUGCCAGAAGUGAUGCAAUGUGAGCAGGUGGAGAUGCCAAUCAGCAGCUCCCACCUAACUGCUGAUAAUGAAGCUCCACAAUAUGAGGCAAAAGGCCCUCAGAUCAAUGGGCAAUGA